GACCGCGAGGCGCUGGCCUCCGCGCUCUCGCGCGCGGGCGCUGCCCGGGCCUGGCUCGGCCCCCUCGGCGGGGAGCUGCUGCGGCGCGCGGAGGCCGGCGGCGGCCGGCGGCUGCUGCGGCGGGUGCUCCGCCGGCUCGACGCGGGCGCCGCGGGCGCCGUGGCGGAGAGGCUGCGCGACGCGGAGGCCGUGCAGCAGCCCGGCAUGGUCGUGUGGGUCGCGGACGCGCUGGUGGCGGCAGCGGCGCCGGUCGGGGCUGCCCCCGGGCGCGGGGCAGAGCCUCUCCCAGGGCCCGUGGCGAAGACUUUGGCGGAGCGCUUCCCGCACGUCUCGGAGGGCCUGAGCUGCCCCCGCGGGUGCGCCGGCACCGUCCGCUACGGCCGCCGGGUCGGCGACCUGGGCAAGUACGCCUCCAUUCGGAAGGGAAGACGACACAAACAUAAACUUUCGGAGCUCCGAAGGUGUAUAUUUGUGCAGUUUUUUUGUUCCUCCAUCCAUGGACCGCGCCGAGCAGGGCUCGGCGGUUCUGUGCUACUGUGCUGA